AUGCGAUCCUUCAUUAAAUCUCAUAGAAAAUCAGAGUCCCUUGAACGAAAUAAUGGUAAUGGUAUCACAGACUCGGUGAUAAAUACGUCACAACAAAAGCAGAAUCAAAUCGCAUUUACAUCCAUAUCAACUAAUACUUCUCAAAGAUCGAGUUAUGAGUUGUGUAGACCUUUAAGCAGUAAUAAUAAUGGUGAUCAGCACACUCCAACUACACCUUCCCAAUAUGUUCAAAAUGACUGUAGUAACAAUAAUAAUACCAAGGGACAUUUACAUUCGCCAUCCACUUCGUUCGAAUCAUUACAUCAUAGAUUAACAAAUAAAAAAAUGUUUACUUCGAAGUUAUUCAAAAAGACAUCGAAUUCAAAUUUAAGUUCUCAUAUCCUGCUAAAUAAUAAUAAUAACAAUAUUAGUAACAAUAAUGAUACAUAUACAUAUACUAUCGAGAAAAAUAUUAAUAAUAUCUCGAACACACAUUCAAAGGAUUCGUUAAAUGAUCUCAUAAGUAACAAACCUCCAUCUAUAAAAGGUACAAUGACUCAUUCAUGGGGGAUAGAUCCCGAUGAGCACAUUUAUUCUCCGUCACUAACCAGGAAAUCCUCAAUCCCAAAUUUGGACUAUAAGGAAAAUCUCAUAACUUUAAAUGAAAAAAUUAAUAAUAUGCAUUUAAAUGAUGAUAAUAAUAAUAAUAAUAAUAAUAAUAAUAAUAUUAACAGUAAUACCCAUAAUAAUACCAAUUUAGAACCGCCUAUUAAAUUAUCUUCUUCUUCUGCUUCGUCACAAUUACCCAGAACUCCAUCAAGUUCAUCUUCAUCCACUUCAUUUACAUCAAAUUCAAUAGGACCAAAUACAAAGCAAAAUAUAUCAAGUAAUUCUGGUAGCAUUACUAUCAAGAAGAUUAGGAACCGAAAGGCAAGAAUUCAUUCAGAUGACGACGUCAUUAACUUAAGUAAAGAUUCAUCUUUUAAAAUUAAUUUGAAUUCCUUAAAGAAAACACCAGCUAAAUUAAACCUUGAUGAUCCAUCUGAUAUAAACAACCACAAUAAUACAAUAAGAAUACCUUCAAUCACUUUCCAAGAGGCUUCUCCCAUAAAAGAAAGAACAUCCAUAACUCAUUCGUCUUCAACUCAAAAUAAUAAAACCUCAAAUUCAAGACUCAAACUGGCAUCUAAUAAUAACAAUAGCGAUUAUGAAGAUAGCAUUAAUGAUUUUUCAUUUGAAGCAAAUGAUGAAGGUGAAGAGACAGGUACUGAGACAGACACAGAUACUGGUUCCGAAUUCUCAUUUGAAUAUGGUGGUAUUAAUGGUAGAACGUCAUCAAUGAAAUAUUAUUCAAAACCAGAAGAAAGUCCCGAUAGGAAUGGAAUUAAUAAUAAUUCACCAGUCUACAUAGAUGAUUUGUACGAAGAUGAAAAUUUUGAUGAAGAUAUGAACUAUUUUGAAGACGACGACGAAGACAACAAUGUUGACGAAGACGUCGGCAUUAACGAAAGUCAUUAUGCUGAGCAACAAAUUAUGAAGGUAAGUGCCAAUGAUUUUGAACCUAAUACAACGAAUAAGAAGGGUAAAAUACAAAAUUAUAAUAGUUUGUUCGACAUAUCAGAUGACAAUGAUGAAAGUGAAACAGGAGAAAUGAAUAAAAUUAAAAAAUAUGAUGAUUUCUUUGAUUUGACGGACGAUGCCGACGAUAACGAUGACACAGAAGGGGAUGUAGACAGAAAUGUACAAAUAAAAGAACAAAACGUACUGCCGACAAAACCUAUCAAGAAAUAUAAUGAUUUGUUUGAGUUAUCUGACGACGAUCAUGAUGACGAAGACAAUAACAAUGCUGAUGAUAAUUCCACUACCAAAAAUGAAAGUCAUCAUGCUUAUCAAGACAAUAUGAAUAUCUCAGAAAACCCUAAAAUGUUGGUACCGACCAUUAAGCUAACGGCAUCACAACCGCUUACUUCAAACUCUAAAAAGAUUACAAAAUAUAAAGACUUAUUUGAAUUGUCUGAUGAAGAUGAAGAUGGACAUGAAGAUGAAAAUCCUGAAACUCAGGACUUGGAAGAAUCAUUGAAUACCUAUAGUAUAUCGGAGAACAUUAAAGCCAAACAUUCGCCUUUACCGCAAAGUAUUAGUACUGGAAAUUUUGAUGAAAGUAUUUAUUGUAAUAAGCCUAAAUCUACUAGAAUCAAUCAGAGUACAACCUCUUCAAGAUUACCAAAUAAAUCUGGAUUGCACCAACCACUUUUGUCAUCGCAUCUAACUGACGUCCCUUUAGAUUCAGAUACACCCAAAACUCCUUUAGAAUCCUCUAUAGGAAGUUUCGACAAAAAGUUCAGUAAUAGAACGCCUCUAUCUUCUUCUAAUCAAUCAACCUCUUUAUUUUUAUCAAGUCCAAAUUUACCACCGCCAGCAAGAUCACAAACUUUAAAAUAUCAUGAUUUGAAUUGUGAUUUGGAUGCAGAAGUACCGGGACUAAUGAGCAACCUAUAUUUCAUAGACGAAACUGAGGAAGAUGAAUAUAAUGAAAAGACAACAGAUAAUAGAUAUACCAUGAUGGACACUAGUAUUACGACAACCAAUACUGAUAAUGACGAAGAUUAUUAUUUAGACGAAAUUAACGUUGUACCUGAAGAUUUCAAUUUUUCAGAUACUGACGAUGAUCCAGAAUUGAAUUUAAGAUCACCACUAAGGAGAAGAAAAUUUUUAUACCCAGUAUCAAACACACAAUCUUCAUUAUCUUCCUCGAUAUCUGGCCUGGGAUCAUUAACACUGUCCCCAUCUUCCUUUAGAAGAACACAUAGUUAUCACAGUAAACCAAUAGGCGUCUCUAGAGAAAAUACACCUAUAAGCAAUAAACUAGAGCUAAAUAACAAAACAGUGACUUUUUUCCACCAUCCAUGGUCAGGGGCAACCUCAAAUAGUAAUGGAACUCACAGUAACAAUACUGAUCAGAAUAACUUCUUGAGAGCGACCACAAAUAUCAAACGAGUUAGAUCUCCUAAACCACUAAGAAGUAGUUCUCUUGGUGCAACUAGUAACGACUCAGUUUCCACGUUAAAUGAAAAAAAAUAG